AUGCGUUACCUGCGCGAGGCCGGCAAGGAGUUCGCCGAAGCCUUCCCGGAUCGAGCGGCCCAGCUCAAUCUGGAUAAACCGGGCGCGCAAGACCCAUAUGUGGAACGGCUGUUCGAAGGGUUUGCCUUCUUGAUGGGCCGUCUGCGGGAGAAGCUUGACGAUGACUUGCCGGAGCUGACCGAGGGGCUGGUGAGCCUGUUGUGGCCGCAUUAUUUGCGCACCAUUCCGUCGCUGUCGGUGAUCGAGUUGGUGCCGGAGCUGGCGCAGAUGAAAUGCAGCGAGUCCGUUGGCAAGGGUUUUGAGGUGUUAUCCCAACCCAUCGGCCCGCAAGCUACUCGUUGUCGUUACACCACCACUCAGGACCUGACCUUGCAGCCGCUGGCCCUUGAGUCGGUGCGGUUGGCUUAUGAGCCAGACGGACGCUCGCUGCUGCGUCUGCGCUUUGCCUGCGGCGCGUUGACGGACUGGAACCAGCUCGACCUGAGCCGUCUGCCGCUGUACCUGAGCGCCGAUGCACCGCUGGCCAGCGCCUUGCACCAGGCGCUGACGCUGAACACCCAGGCGCUGUACGUGCGUCUGCCUGGGCAAGACGCACGCGAAACCCUUGACGGCCAUUUCGCGCCCAAGGGCUUCGCCGACGAGGAUCGCCUGUGGCCCAAGGGCGAUAGCGCGUUCAGUGGCUAUCAGUUGCUGUUGGAGUACUUCACGUUUCGCGAGAAGUUCAUGUUCGUGACCCUCUGUGGUCUGGAACAACUCCGUCUUAAUGCCGGCACCCCCUGGUUCGAACUGGACGUGGUGUUGCGUGAGGCGUGGCCGCGUGAAUUCAGUGUGAGCAGCGAACACAUUCGCCUGCAUGCGGUGCCGGUGAUCAACCUGUUCGCGCUGGACUGCGACCCCUUGACGCUGGAGCCGUUGCAAACGGACUACCUGCUGCGGCCCAUGCGGUUGCAGGACGGUCACACCGAAAUUUAUUCGGUCGAUCAGGUGACCUCGUCAAAGAGCAACGUACGCCACGACUACGUGCCCUUCAGCAGCUUUCGCCACAAGGGCGGCAUGCUGCGCGACGACGCCCCGGAGUGGUAUUUCCAUACCCGUUUAAAACGUUCGGCCAAGGGCUUGCAUGACACCUGGUUGAUCCUGGGCGGUGACGGCUUCGACAAGGAUCUGCUAAGCAACAGCGAAAGCCUGUCGUUACGCUUGACCGGCACCAACGGACUGCUACCCCGCAAGGCCCUGCAAAGCACCUUGCUCGACACCGUCAUGCAGUCCACUCAGGCCGGCCUGCGGGUACGUAACCUGUGCGCCCCCAGCUUGCCGUGCUACCCACCCAGCCGUGACCGUUUUCAUUGGCGCGUACUCAGCCAUCUGGGUUCCAACUUCCUGCCGAUGCUCGACAGCGCCGAGGUACUGCGCGGCACCCUGGCACUGUACGACUGGACCGGCAGUGAGCUGAACCGUCGUCGGCUGCAAGCGAUCGUCGAGGUUCGCCACCAUCUGGUUCAGCGCUUCGAGAAGGGCUUUCUGCUGCGGGGGGUGGAUAUUGAAAUCACGCUCGACGCCCAUGGUUUUUCAGGGGAGGGCGAUAUCAGCCUGUUCGGCGAGAUGCUCCAUCGCUUCUUUGGCCUGUACGCCGAUAUUCAUUUGUUCAACCAGCUCACGCUGAUCCUGCAACCUACUGGAAAGUGCCUGCGAUGGAACGAGAACCACAGUCAGCGUAUUCCCGGC